CCCCUAGGACCCCGCCAGCGUUCUUCCGUAAACAGCGGCGGAGGGAGGCCCGGCGCUCCUUCCGCCGGGCCCCGGGCUCGUGGCAAAGAACUGGCCGGGCUUCCUGGAAAGCUGCCCUUCGGCCCAGCCUCCAUGGAGCCCUUAGUCUACGCGGGCCCCUCCCUCUCCACGCUUAGCUCACCCUCCUCCCUUCCUCUGGACCGCCCCCGGCGGAGGGCGGCGUCUCAUUAAAGAUGGCGGCGCCAGUGUCCGGGGCGCCACCCCGAAGCCCUCCGUCGGCCUCCGGGGCCGCUUUGCUUUGGUUCCUCCUGGGAGCGGGAAACGCGCGGCUCCGCCCCCGGCCCCGCCCCAGCGCCCGCCCCGGCUCGGGCUGACGCCGAGUGCAUGGAGCGGCAUGCAGCAGCCGGGCCGGGUGCCAGCAAGGCCCCCGGCCCCCGGGGCCCCGGAGCUGGAACUGGAGCGCCCGCGGGCUCUGACAAAACAGAAGCUGACGGUGGAAAGACCGAGGUUAUCGUGGCUAUUGUGACAGAACCUCAGUUUACACAGCAUUGCAGGAAAUUUCUCGAAAAGCACCAACUCCUGGAUAAGUGCCACCGAGUGAAGCAGCUGCCCAACGGUACCAUGGCGCUACCUGUUCUGGAAGAGGGCCUCACUGAGCAGCACCUGCAAAUACUGAGGCAGCAAGGGCUCCCCGAGAGCACCUGCAGGCUGACGCACGUCCUGAACCCCCUUCCCUCGAAGAAAGCUCAGAAUCGUUCUCCCACCCAGAAGUUACGUCAGGAAGUGCGGCGUCUGGUGGAGGGCCAGGGGCGCGUGUGGUCGGCCGAACUAGAGAAAGAUCUUCCCCGCUCCUGGCAACGUCACGGUGACCUAAUCCUGCUCAAUGAGGAGAGCUUCAGAGCUGCCCAUUGGAAAAAACUGGAACCAGGCCUCUGGAAGACUGUCGCCUCUGCGCUGGGAGGCCAGCGUUUGGCAAAGCGGGGGCGUGUGUCACCAGGUGGGACUCGAGCUCCCAAAGUAACCCUGCUGCUGGGUGCCCAUGGCUGGGUGGAGCAUGUGGAUAAUGGCAUCAGGUACACGUUUGAUGUGACCCAAAGCAUGUUCUCCUUUGGAAACAUCACUGAGAAGCUACGGGUAGCAUCAAUGACCUGUGCUGGAGAAGUGCUGGUGGAUCUCUAUGCAGGCAUUGGUUACUUCACCUUGCCAUUCCUGAUCCACGCAAAUGCUGCCUUCGUCCAUGCCUGCGAGUGGGACCCUCACGCCGCCGCUGCCUUGAGGAAGAACCUGGAGCUCAAUGGCGUUGCGGAUCGAUGCCAUAUCCACCUCGGUGAUAACAGGAAGCUGAAAUUAUGGAGCAUUGCUGACAGGGUGAACUUGGGGCUCAUCCCCAGCUCGGAGGAGGGCUGGCCCACUGCCUGCCAGGUGCUACGCCGGGACACAGGGGGCAUCCUGCAUAUCCACCACAAUGUGGAGUCCUUCCCAGGGAAGGAACUUCAGCUCUUCAGCAGCAGCGAGGCGGGGCAGAAGGAACAGAGAGCUGCCAGGAAUUCAGAAAGGCAGACACCGGCAAAGAUCACCAAGCUAGAGUGGCUCAGGUGGGCUGAGGCUGUGGCUGCUCGCAUUGGAGUCUUGCUUCUGCAGCUGCACGGGAAGCCCUGGGAGAUCCAGAUCCUGCAUGUUCAGCCAGUGAAGUCUUAUGCUCCUCAUGUGGAUCACAUGGUCUUGGAUCUGGACUGUCGUCCCGUCUCCUGCUCUUCCGGUGAAGUCAUCGGUAAAGCUGAGAGGAGCUGUGACCAGGGGCCCCGAGUCUGAGGCCUGGGGUCCAUCUGGCUGACAGUUCUGAAGUUAGCGACUUGCUCCCUCUUCUUGCCCCCUUCCCCCUGAAGGGGAGGUUCCCCCCUGGGAACGGAUCUUUUCCAUUUUUAUAAGGAAUUUUUAAAGUGACUGGUUAUUCGAAUAUCUCUUCCAAGGGCUCGGUGUAAAUGUGAGACUGAGUGCUGUGGGCGCCAGAGUCUUGUCUUCCGCUCUCCUCUUCCACUAAUCAUGAGGAAUCGUCUUAUUUAUAAACCUAGCAAAGGCAAACUAGCUUGUUGACCCGAGUGACCUGCAGAGCCUUGGGUUCCGCAGUUUGGCCUUAGCUCCGUCUGUGUGGCCAUGUACUAGCUGCUGCUCUGUUGGACUGUCUGGGUCUCCUCAUCUCCAAGAUGGGGUUAUCUCUGAACUACCUCAUGUAGCUGUUAUCUAAGGAGUCGGAGUUUUUGGAGAGUUUCUUAGAAACGUUCCAGUGUUCUUAGAAUCAGACGGGCAGCUCUGUCUGUCCCGUGAAGAGCUUUGGAUUGUGCUGGGGAUGAAGCCCUUGGUGCCGCUUCUGGUUGCUGGCAUAUAGUGGCUCUGGGGUGGGGAAGGGGUGGGGUGGGGGGUGUGGACUCGGUUUGGUGAAUGAGCCAGAGCACUCUGCCUGAGUGGACCAAAGUGACGUCAGGUCUCGUCAGUGCUUGUCCUCGGCCCUCCUUUGUGACGGCUCGUAACUUUGAUCUUACGAAUAGCUUCUCGUUUUGGCUGCCCGGCAUGCGGAUGCUGCUAGAAACUUGCUGAUCGUGCUUGGUUUCUUGGGAGCGAGUGCUGCGUUUUCAGAACGGCUUUGUAUUUCUUAGGGCUCUUUGGCUGGACUCCCCACUAAGGGCCGGGCUUCUCCCCUUGUGACUCCCCAAGUGCUUUCCAGUCAGUGUGGGGCCAGCUGGAUUUCAAAGCAAUGCACUAUGAUCUCCCUUCUUCUCUGCUUGUUUAAAGUCCCGUAGCAGGAACCUGCACCAAGAAAAGAGCUAGAAAUGGUCAUGGUACAGGGAUGGCAGAAGUAAGGGAGUCCCCCGAGCUCUACUUUUCCGCUCAUGGAGACUCAUGGAAUCUCUUAAGUCAGGGAAUUGAAGUUCCAUUUUGUCCGAUGUGCCCUUCCUGCCCCUGCUCGUGAUCUCUCCCCCACUGUUCCCGCGGUCUCUGCCACGGGAGGAGAGAGGGGCAGCUCAGGAGCCGUCCAUUGAAUCGGUCGCUCCCUCUCUCCGAGAGGACCUCGCGCUCUCCCGUUCCCUUAGGCUGGUGUCGGCACCAGGCAGAGAUCCUCAUUCGUGGACUCCAGCGAUCGUGACAGGCUGUGUGUGGGUAAAAUGUUAGUUUGUUACCGAGAAGCACUACAUUGGCUUCUUUUGAGGAAGGUGAUGGAGUCACGAGGUCAGCCGCUUUAUUUCGUUUUUGUCAGUGUCCCACAGGAAGCUCUAGCGCUUUCAUCUUUACAUUCAGCCACUUUGUAGGUCUCUGCUGGGUGGGUAUCACUCCAGCAGACAGAGUAUCAGCGACAAAGUUCAAAUGUAAGGCGAUUGGUUUCAUUUUUGUAUUCUAGCUUUGUGCACAUAGUAAGUACUUAAUAAAUGCUUAAUGAUUAGUUGAAUGUUCAGAGAGAUUGGGACUCUCUGGACAUUGUAAGCAUGCAGGCCGGGGGGGGGGGGGGGGGGGGGGGGGGGGGCAGAACAGGGCCGAUGCUUAUUUGAUAUCCUAGCUUGCAUUAGGGAAGCAGUCGCAUUGAUUGGGACAGCGUUUGGGGAAAAGUCGCCUCGAGCUUUUCUUCUGGGCGCUUGGGACGGUUUUCUUGGUGGUGGCAAGCUUUCUUUCUGUUUUGAUUCAAAGUAAACCUUUUCAUGAGACCCGAAACAUAGGAAGAUAGGAAAUAAAAUUAAGUAGGGUCUGAAGUAUGUUCAGCUUCUGUAACCGCAAGUGCCUCAAUUACCGUGUUAGUUUUUUAAAAAGAAAGAAAGAAAAAGUGUGAUCGAUAAGAGUCGGCCCAAGAAAUGUUCAUUGGGUUCUUGUGUCUGCUGACACAAAACUGGAUAUGGUGGAUGUGAAGAGACUUGGUUUUUGUUGUAGAAAAAGGGUCACCGUGGGCUCCGGAGGCAUGUAGGCCCCUGCAUCUGACUCUGGCUCCAGCUCCAGGCCAGUCCAUAGCUCAGCCAGUUGAAACUGGUAUUAUAGGAAAUGUAUUCGGAUGGCUGAGUCAGAGGGAGAAGCAGGAAGCCGGGGGGCCACCUACCUGAUGGAGCACAAAGGAAAAGCUUUUAUUAGCCACUCACUAGCUGGUAUGCAUUGUGCUAUAAGUUCUGGGGGCAUAAAUACAAGCAAGUGAGAUGGUGGUGGCGAUGUCAAGCUUGUAACAUAGGAAUCCCAGGUGUGCGUGACCUUGAAGCCACUCGAGAACUUUUUUUCUUCAUCUGCUAGGCCAGUAGCCCUACCCUGCUCAGCUCUGCCAAACCCCGGCAGAGUGCUGGAUUCAAAGUCGGGAAGACCUGGGGUCAAAUCCUGUCUCUGAUGCUUCCUAACUGUGUGACCCUGGGCAAAUCACUUCAUCUCUAAAUCUCAUUUUUCUCAUCUGUAAUAUGGGGAUAAUUCUUAUAAGUACAGGGUGUCACGAGGCCCAGAUGAGAUAACGUCUGUAAAGUGCUUUGCCAGCUUUAGAACACUACCAAAAUGUCCGCCGUUAUUCUUUUGUGAGAUUUGAAACGGAGCGGUGCUCACCCUUGUGGUGGCAGAGACUUGACCUUCUUCAGAAUUCCCAUGAACCAGGCCUAAAGUGUCAGGUCUACAGAAACAUGUUAGCCUUAAAGACACAAUUGCAUCUUGGCCCUAAACAAACCUCUGGAGAAAAAGGUGCUGACCUUCAGCACUUUGCAUCCCCAUCGGACUAUUUCUCGGAGGCUUUUUCAUGUUUGACUGAAGCAGCAGUGGCUGCUGGAGCUGACGGGUGAUGGUGCCCAGCUGAGGAACCCCAAAAAGGAGAAAGAAUGAGGGCAGAAACGUUGGAAGAUGAGAGCCUGGGCCUGGCUGGGAGAACUCAGGGAGCGAAUCUGGGCCAGACUGCUUUGGCAAGGGGGUGUCGAGUAACAGCAGGCUCAGAACCCAGCCAGAGUUAGACGAUCUAAGCCAUGUGCACAGAGGUCCCUUGGUUAGCUUUGCUUUCUAAACUUUCUGAACUUCCACUGGACCCUCCCAUACUGGUAUGACUAGAACAGCUGAAAUCAGGGAAUUGAGAGCUCCAGCUUUGGCCCAUUGUCUCACACCCUGGGCCUGAGCAGCCCAGCUACUCUUGGAGUCCAACCAAAACUGCUCUCGGUGAUUCUGAGGAAGGUGAGCCUCCGUCCCAGGCCUUGGAUUCAUUUUGCCGGCUGCCCCAUUGUCUCCAGGCCCAUUUCUAGCUGAAUUCCCUCAAACAUGAGCAAGAUGAAGCAAUAAUGAAUCUCUGAUUUCUGUAGCCUUUUUUAGAUUUGUCAUGUACUUUCCAGACGUCUCCUUAAGCCUUCUGCCCCCUUUGAGGGAAGGGGCCCUUCUUAGCCUCAUUUUACCAACUGUGGUUUGCCCAGGGUCACCCAGUCACACACUGCCCGAGGCAGUAUUUGAACUCAGAUGUUUCUGAUUUUGUCUAGUGUUCUAGUCACUGGGCUUUUCUGUAACAUAGGGAUUCUCAAUUUCUUGCUUCAAACUGAACCAAAGACUUGAUUAGAAGCUUAGGUUUCUAAUAGUCCUUUAUGGUCCCUUUUCCCUUUUCUGACUGUUAUCACAAAGCUAGACAAAGGUCCUCUGGGAGCUUUGUGGGGAGUCACUGGAGGGCAGGUUUUCUCUGACUUGGCUUUUUAAUGAGUAUUUCUGUUUCCCCUCCACCUCGAGCUAAUCGGGGUGGCUCCCUAGGCCCUCUGCUUUGGUUUGGUGCUGUUUGCAGCUGAGCGGGCUUCUCCGUUGGAGGGAAGCUGGUAGGACAGAUCCUCGGCAAAGAUGACCCCUAGAUCCGGUGACUGUGGGGGCAGGAUGUUUGCGACAUCCUUACUGUCUACACCACAUUAUAGGAGAUGCAACGAUAGCCAGAGAUCCGCUGUCCCAGAGCCUCAAAUCUCGUGUGGGACUUGGGACUGUCUGUGGAAUUACUUCCAUGUAGCUUUGGUGUAAACGGUACGGGGAUUCCACGGGAGAAUUCCCUCCGGGCAGAGUUAACUUCAGUGAAGGUUUUGGGAAAGAGGGCAUGGGAGUUGGGCUUGUGUCGAGGGCGGGAGUAGAGCGGGAAAGGCAAGGGUUUGUUCUCGGUGACCUCUAAUACCAGA